GGCAGCUGUAGCAGUUGGGAUUUAAGGCAGCAGUGGCAGCUGAGGCAGGCCCUCUCCAUGGAGGCAGCAGUGGCAGCUGAGGCAGGCCCUCUCCAUGGAGGCAGCAGUGGCAGCUGAGGCAGGCCCUCUUCAUGGAGGCAGCAGUGGUAGCUGAGGCAGGCUCUCUCCAUGGAGGCAGCAGUGGUAGCUGAGGCAGGCCCUCUUCAUGGAGGCAGCAGUGGCAGCUGAGGCAGGCCCUCUCCAUGGAGGCAGCAGUGGCAGCUGAGGCAGGCCCUCUCCGUGGAGGCAGCAGUGGUAGGAAGCCCCAGUACAGGGUUAAAGGUUCAGUAGAGUGCGUCAGCUGAUGCGUAUCGUAGCGUAAGUCCUGUAGGCUCUGCCCUCACUCUGAGCUCACAACACAACACCGUUUCCUGCUCCCAGCUCCUGACAAACGGCUCGUUCUCUACACAGAUCAUGUGCCUCACCCUCUCGCCCACAGAGCGCUGCAGCAGGAAGUCAGCCUUGUUUUCUUUUUUCUACCCCCCGUUCCACUCUGCUCUGUUCUUCUCUCUUCUCAGCUCCUGACAACCUCCGUUCACACCCUUUCCUCUGUCCCCUCUCGACUCUCCUCUGCCUUGCUCUCUCCUGCUCUCUCCUGCUCUCUCCUGCUCUCUCCUGCUCUCUCCUGCUCUCUCCUGCUCUCUCAGGCGUGAGAGCAGCUUGUGUGUGCAUCUCUGUAGCCCGGGCGGACGGAGAGAGGGCGACCCAGACAGCCAGGCUGAAAGAGGAGGGGAACAGCCAGCAGGCAGCCCUGGGAGAGGGAGUCUUUGUCUUCGCUUCCUUCUCUCCGCGAGCCAUGGAGGCCCCUGUGAGGGAGCGGGCCCUGGGCAACGAGUCCGUGCCCCCUCCUACCCUCAGCCCGGCCGUGCCCCCCUACGUCCGCCUGGGUCUGACGGUGGUCUACACCAUCUUCUACUCGCUGCUCUUUGUCUUCGUCUACGCCCAGCUGUGGAUGGUGCUGCGCUACAGGCACAAGCGGCUCAGCUACCAGACAGUGUUCCUGUUCCUGUGCCUCCUCUGGGCCGCCCUGAGAGCUGUGCUCUUCUCCUUCUACUUCAGGAACUUUGUGGCGGCCAACACCCUGGGACCCUUCCCCUUCUGGCUGCUCUACUGCUUCCCCGUCUGCCUGCAGUUCUUCACCCUCAGCCUCAUGAACCUCUACUUCGCUCAGGUUGUAUUUAAAGCCAAGUCUAAAUAUGCACCAGAGCUUCACAAGUUCAGGUUCCCUCUGUACGUCCUCUUCCUGAGUCUGAGUGUGGUGUUCCUGGUGGUGAACCUGACCUGUGCCCUGCUGGUGAGAACCGCCUCAGCAGACGCUCAGACCAUCGUGCUGGUCAGGGUGGCCAUAAAUGACACGCUCUUCGUCCUGUGUGCCGUCUCUCUCUCGCUCUGCCUCUACAAGAUCGCCAAGAUGUCGCUGGCCAACAUUUACCUGGAGUCCAAGGUGAGGGAACCAGUGUUGAUGGGCACAUCCGUCUGUCAGGUGACAGUCAUAGGAGCCAUGGUCAUCCUCCUGUACAUCUCGCGGGCCUGCUACAACCUGGUGGUACUGGCCCUCCCCAGCAUCAAGAGGAUUAACUCCUUCGACUACGACUGGUACAACGUUUCUGACCAGGCAGAUUUGCAGUCGACCCUGGGGGAGGCAGGGUACGUGGUGUUCGGGGUGAUCCUGUUUGUGUGGGAGCUGCUCCCCACCUCUCUGGUGGUCUUCUUCUUCAGAGUCCGACGGCCACCACGGGACAGGAGUUGCUCUGGGAUCCCAGGACAUAUCUUCUCCUCUAGGGGUUAUUUCUUUGACAACCCCCGGCGCUAUGACAGUGACGAUGACCUGGCGUGGAGCAUCAUCCCUCACAACAGUCAGGCCAGUUUUACUGCAGACAGCUAUGACUGGGGCAGCCGGAACAGCAGUCUCACCCCCUACACAGGAGGCCAAGAUCCCUCUCCGCCCCCUGAGGAACUGAACCCUUACUGAGGUCCUCCGCCCCCUGAGGAACUGAACCCUUACUGAGGUCCUCCGCCCCCUGAGGAACUGAACCCUGACUGAGGUCCUCCGCCCCCUGAGGAACUGAACCCUUACUGAGGUCCUCCGCCCCCUGAGGAACUGAACCCUUACUGAGGUCCUCCGCCCCCUGAGGAACUGAACCCUUACUGAGGUCCUCCGCCCCCUGAGGAACUGAACCCUUACUGAGGUCCUCCGCCCCCUGAGGAACUGAACCCUUACUGAGGCUCUGGGCUCUGGGCUCGUACCUCACUGCACGUUUCUCCGCUGGUGAAGACAAAUGAAAAUGUAAUUGUGACUUUGCAGCUAACAUGGCAGUGGACACUGUGGGUAAACAUUCCCCUAGACUCCACAUUGUAGGACUCUAUUUUCUACAUUCUGUUCUGUCUUGAGGUCAGAAAUUGUGUGUGUGUGUGUGGAUGAUAGUACUUUUUGUAAACAUUGUUGUAUAUUCUUUGAACGGAAAUAUAAUCAGAGAAGUCA